AUGACAACGUUUGCAGGUACUGCCGACAAUGCACCCAAAGUCGAACAGGUCGAGAUUGGUCACAAUGUGCGACAUCUUGGUGAAUUACAUGAAAAGUAUAACAAGUGUUUGCAUGCUUUAGAAAAACAUUUGGCAAAGUAUUUCAAGCAUCCUGACAAGCUACCAUCCAAACGGCCAAUGACGCGACCAAUGAAAGAGGACAGAGAAAAGUUAAAAGAUAAAGUCGAUGCCAUCAACUAUUACCUCAUUAAACUCAGAAUAUAUAGGGACCAAAUUUCCCGAACUUCAGCUGAGUAUGAUACUGCUAAUAGAUCUCACACCGAGAAGCUGCCAUACGGAUUUGUUUCAUACCGGAACCAGCCAGAAGCACAUAUCACUGCCAAAAAGGCCAACAAGAAAAGCGGAAGAGUUGGUGGAGCGCUCGUCAAACUAGCCCCUAGACCAGAAGAUAUUAUUUGGAAGAAUAUCUUGCUUGGCAAAUAUGAACGGGCGAACAAACAGUGGUGGGGUAAUCUUCUGUUCACCGUGCUUAUGGUUGCCUGGAUCGUACCAAAUGCAUUUAUCGGUUGCUUUUUGUCGGAUCUCUCCAGAAUCGGCGUUUUAUGGGACAACUACCAAAUAUUCUUAGAUGGCCAUCCUACUUUGUUCGCUAUCCUUCAGGGUGUACUCUCACCAAUUGUCACAUCGAUUAUUUUCCUUAUCUUGCCCAUGAUCAUGAGAAGAAUGUCCCAAUGGCAAGGCAAGCUGACAAAGAAUGAGCGAGAACGUGAUGUGGCCAAUAAAUUAUAUGCAUUUUUCUUUUUCAACAAUUUCUUUGUCUUCACUAUGAUGAGUGUCAUUUGGAACGUUGUCAGUCAAGUGAUUCAGUAUGUCGGCUCUGAUAAUCAUAACAUGAGUUUCAUCCAAGUAUUCAACAAGCUCCAAAUCGGUGAACAAAUUGCAACUGCCAUUAUCAAUGCAUCAUCCUUCUGGGUCAUGUAUAUUUUAAAGGCAAAUUUAGGUGCUGUGCUAGACUUGCUCCAGGUAUUUACUCUGUUUUGGAACAGUUUUCAAAAGAGAUUUUUGUCACCAACUCCUCGUGAACUAAUGCUGUUGACAGCUCCUCAAAGCUUCAACUUUUCUGUUUACUAUAUCUGGGUUCUGUUUUACUCGACGAUUGCCCUUGCUUUCACGUCCAUCCAGCCUAUUAUCUUCCCAAUGCUCACAUUCUAUCUGUGGUUUGACAUUAUUUUGAAAAAGUACUCGUUGAUGUACAUGUUCGUCACCAAAGCCGAGAGCGAUGGUAUGUUCUGGCCGUUUAUUGUUAAUCGGUUGCUAUUUGCUCUGGGUGUAGGUAACAUAAUUUUGUUGGCAGUGGUAUGGAUUCAAGGUGGGUUGGCAUUGGGUAUGGCCGUUGUCCCAUUACCAUUCAUUGUGAUUGCCUUCAAAAUUUACUUGCAUAAAAAGCUGAAUCCGCUCUUUUUCUACUUCAUUCCUACCGAAAACGAACGAGAGGCUAUGAAUCAUUACAACGGAGCUAGUGAUUCUGGUACUAUUAUUGGAUCGGAGCUGAACACUCGGUACAGAAAUCCCAUUGUCUAUAGGCGACUUCCUCAACCUAUGGUUCGCGCAGAAAUCAGACCAAGACUCAAAAGUGUCUGUGAUGUCAAUGAUGAUAUCUUCAAUGGCGACGAUGGAGUUCCAGUUCUGGGUAGGGAUUCUGUCUCUGCUGUAUCUCAAGAAUUUGAGUACAUUGGCGAAAAUGAGUUGGACUAUGAGCAGUACAUCCAACGUACUGAAGAACCCUUGGAUGCUUUGGAUGAUGAGGAUAUCCCUACAGCCACUACCGGGCAGCCUUACUCUAGCAAUGAACAGAAACUCCACCCUGAACCUGUCGCUGUAGAACUGCAACCAUAUGGUAGCACCUCACAUGCUGCCACGAACGUUGAUGCGGGACUCAUGCCAUAUGCUCCAUAUGGAGAAUCUGAAGAGCCCUUGUAUCCCCAACCAUACAAUCCCUACAAUCAGUCUCAGGAGUAUCUGAACCCGUACACCUCUCACAACGCCAACAACUCCCACGUGAAUUUGACCACGUACCCUUCAUACACCAGUGGGGAGCAAGUGAACACCUCAGGUGGUGUUCUCCAAGAUGACCAUGACGACAGAUAUGGGGGAGAAGAUGAUAAUGUACGCCUUCUUCGAAACCCAUAUCAAUAA